ACCACAGAGAUGACAGACACGGAGAGUCAGCUACCAGGGAAUAACGAGUCCCGCCGGCCCUCACGGCAUCUGCUAAGGCACAACAAGGGCUUGCACCUGGUCUGGCCUACCUAAUCAGCUCCACCUCUUUUCGUGGUGCCAUGCUGCCUGUCGCUUGGGAUGUUGUUCUCUGGCACCUCUGUGCGGGCUGUCACUCCCCCCCCCACCGCCCUCCAUUUUGUCACCGCCCUCCAUUUUGUCUCCCCAUUCUUAUUGUCACUCACUUACGCUAAGGUUGCUAAAGUAGUGUCUGUCGCUCAUCUGGGUCCAGGCGGCGAUGCUCAAACCCUUGUCCACUCCCGACUUCGCUUGAGAGCCGCCCCCUUUCCCACACACCCACCACCCUCCCCGGUCCGAGUCAAGCCCGGGACCAUCUGCCUCGCGAAAAAGAUUGUCAUUCUUAAUAUACAUCUUCUAACUCUUUUCCUCCGCACCUCUUCCCCUCCUUUGCCCCAUAGGUAAUCCAACAAUACAAUACGACUACACACACAACGCCUGCUCGUGA